CUCCGUUAGCCUACGCAGUAGGCCCGUCGGACAAAAGGAUCAUUUCAAGAACAAACAUUGAGACGAUGUCAAAAGUCUAUGAGAUCGAAAUUUACCGCUUUCAAAGGCUGAGUGGCUGAUCUGUCAGAACAAGGCCACAAGCAAGAUGGCGCUUACGAAACAGGAAAAAGAAGCACUAAAAUCUCAGAAUAAGAUGUUGAGUAAAUCCAUUAGUGAUGCUACCAUCAAGAUGUGCACUAGAGAUAUUAAAUUCAAAGGUAUGCUAGAUAUAGAUGGCCUUAUAUUCAUUAACCAUGGUGCCAAGAAACCAGACGUUGUUGUAAAAAUACACCAGACUGUUAUAAAACCUGUCAUGGCGGAAAAGAAAGAGAAAGCUUCCCAAGAACAGGAGGAUGAUGGCUAUUUUGUGAAUAAAGUGACUCCUGAAGAGCUGAAAGGACUCCAAGAGCAGCAACAACAGCAAAGUGGUCAAUUGGCGGGAGAUCCACAAGGUUCGCUUCUACAGGAAAUUGGGCAGACCAAAACCCCUAUGUUUACUAAGAAGUCCAAAGCUCCCAGCAACAAGACACUAACGAAGCACAUACGAAAUGCUGUUGUGAAACUAUGUACCAAGAACUCUCAAUUCAAAGGCAAUCUCGAGAUAGAUGGACUGAUAUGCGUGUCACCAGGUGACAAAAAGAAAGAAAUUCUUGUCAGAAUCCAUCAGACAAUAAUCCAGAAUGAAAAUGAUACUGCAGAUCAAGCAAAUGCUAAUGCAGGUGCAGCUGUUGUCCAAACUGCUCCACAAACAAGUGAUAGCUACUUUGUAUCUAAAAGGACAUCUACUCAAUCCCAGCCUCCUCAACCACCAGCGCCACCUAUGUCACAACCUCAGCCAAUCACCCAACAUCAAAUUUCCCAUCAACAACCAGUUGCCCAGCAACAGGUUCAGGCUACCCAGCAACAGCAACAAGUUACCCAAUCACAAGCAGUCAUCCAAACUCCUCAACUUCACCAGCAACCACAGCUCCAUCCACAACCAGCUUCUGUUGUCAUUAGCAACACGUUCAAUGUAUUACCCAACAACCAGUACCAGCAAAACACAAACACAGUCUAUCAGAAUAACAUUGGGGUCCCACAACAGAAUUCUUCAUUCAUUACACUUGAUGAUACAACGUUUCAGAAUCUCUUCACUCCAAGACCACUACGUCCUAACGUACACUACAGUCACCAACCAAUACCAGGAACUCUGCACCCACCGGCCUUUGUCAUGGAGGAAACAGUUAUUACUAAUCUAGGUGGUCCAAUUAUCCAACGAGCACCCCAAGUUCCACAAAUCCAGAUGAUUCAAGAGCAGCAAACACAACCUGCAACUUCACAGCAGCAACAGCAGCAUCAGCAACAACAAGAACAGCAGCAUCAGCAACAGCAGCAACAACAGCAGCAGCAACAUAUGACUCAGCAAGAUCAACAGCAGCAGCAGAAU